AUGGACGACAACAGCCGCCGUAGGAGGCAGAAUGACCCGCCAUAUCCAGGUCAAGAUCCAAGAUUUGGUGCUGAGCAGGGUCAAGGACGUGGCUUCUCGAGCUCUUCCUCGGAAAGAUAUAGACCUGCGCCCAUAACAACAUCGCCUUCGACUGCUCGCGGGGCAGGCGGGGCAACAGCAUACUCCGGGUACUACCAGGGGCCAUCUGCUUCAUUCUCAGCAGCACUACCACAAACAACUCUGCAAUAUCAGCCGGGCUACACUCAGGACCAGAGACAACAAAGCUUCGCCACUUAUAAUCCGGAUAUCAUGUACGAUGUUGCACAACAAGCACCACAAAAUAACGUCUAUGAUUCCACACCCCAAUUUCAAACACGGCAACCUGCAGGAAUGCAAAUGCUGUCGGACGUUGCGGCACCUUACUUCCCAAACGAAUCUACAAGCGCACCGGGUCCACCCGGCCUACAACACCAUACCUCUUCAGGAUCUUCGAAUGUGUAUCAACAACAUCAGCAAAGUCCCGCAGAUCGCGGGCCCUUGCUCCAACAAGGCUAUUCAGGUAAUGCUAUGGCGAUGGGCGCAAUGCCGCAGCCGGCCCCAGAAAUUAUGGAAGAAGACGAUUAUCAAGCUCAGGGGCCUGGUAUGGAAGCUGCUUAUACUGCCUACCAGACGGCUCUGAAGGAAAUAUUUCAGAACAUCAUAAACGGCAGAUUGGCAGAAGCAAGCCAAUCACUUCUAGAGGUAUCUGAAUGGCUCCUGGGCCAUGUAGGUGAUCUGGGCCUUACUGUAGACGAAGUUGCUCUCCAUAGUGACAGAAUACGUCUCUGGGGCGAAUUUAAUACUGCAUGGCUCAGCAUUUUCCAAAAGCAGAAAGAUAUGCUGGAGUCAGGUCAACGAAUACAACACCCGCAGACCUUGAUGACUCAAGAGUACAUCAACAAAAUGGCCAAAGAUCUUAUAAGGAUGUGCGACGCCGUCGAGAAGCAUGGUCUUGUGGAUUACCAAUACGGCGUUGCAGAAGAGCGAAUAAUCAUGAUUCUUAGCGAAUGUCUUGACCUCCAAGAGUCUAUAGAAGAAGUCGAAGGUAGUAGUGCCGCCAAUCCUGGUUUGGGCAGAGUGCCACCAUGA